ACCUCCCUUGCACAAGACGCCCGAGCAGCGCUUCCGCAGAGCUUCCGCAGGAAUGAAUGAAUAGCUGGACGCAGCCUCUURAUUUAUACUUCUGUGUUGCAUUCGUUUGCCUUGUAUCCCUGGCCCAUGAGGCACACAGUCCCCCCCGUGGUACUUGCUGGACCGGACUGGUACUUUCUAGACUUUCCCAUGACUGCAUAGUGACAGCCCUACGACGCAGUGCAGUCGCACUGGGGUCCUACUAUUUGCCCUUGCCACUUGUCCUCGUCUCCAACAUGGGCUUGCUUUAGUCACACCACUUGACCACUUGCCAACCUUCUAGAAGGACUGCAGCUGGACUUCUACUCUACAGGUCUAUGGAUCAAAUCUUGGCUAUCUAAGGACCUACGACAGACCUACUUACCACUGACGGUUCUACAGGUCGCAGGUUCAAUUCUUCAAGUGGUCACAGAUAUUGUACACAGGUAAGUUGGGGAACUAGGGAUCGAACCCUGGGUCCUAUAUCAGCUACUUCGAACUGGUGAAUACCGUUUCACCAUUAUAAAGAUGAAUAAAUUAGCACUACUUGGUAGAAUAGGCUCUUUUAUCAUUAAUUUCAAACCAUCUGCURAAGGUUGUAAUAACCCAAACAAUCCUACCACAUUCGGACCUUUUCUACGCUGCAUAGAAGCGNGCUCUUUUAUCAUUAAUUUCAAACCAUCUGCUGAAGGUUGUAAUAACCCAAACAAUCCUACCACAUUCGGACCUUUUCUACGCUGCAUAGAAGCGAAGUCUGUGGGGUAAAUUGGCAUACAUUGCCAUUAAAUUCUUUGCUUCUGAUUUCAUAAACCACCAGUACACCCGGUUCCSGGGGGCCCARGGGCGCUUCUCUGCGUGCCAAGCUUUGCCGAACUGCGCACUUCUUUUCUUUGUUGGUUGACAUCAGCAGUCAUUGUGGUCUGGUAGGUCCGCAGCGCAAAAUUUUUGGAGUYGGCGACGGAACGUUUUCUGCAAGGCUGGGGCCGUGUUGACGGGCUCAAGUUGUGGUAAGUUGGUGGCUGAUGUUUGUGGAAGCACUGAUCAGGCUAGGGUUGGUAGAAAAAAGGCCCAUAAUCAAUUGGCUGUUUGUGGAGUGCAACAGCCAGUCGAUAAACAUUUUUAGUAGCUCUUUACUAUUUAUUUCUUGGCCUUAAAAUAUCGAUAAGAUGCGAACUCCUUUUCACCUCACCUUUCACGAGAGGUCGGUGAGAAGCUGUGGGACUGCAGGCMAGACGUUUGGGCGGACGGCAGGCGAGGCAAGGAGUUCAGAGGGCAGGCAAGGAGCUUGGACGGCAGGCAAGUAACCACAAAAUUGCAUGCAGAAGGCGGGUAAACUGAGCCCGGUUCUCAGCAUGUUCUGUUCGGUCACUCCGGGUAGACUGUGAGGACCCGGGCCUCAAUCUUUGUAUUGGUAAUAUCAGCCUUGGGCACUGGGCCCGUUUAAUAUAUAUAAAAAAAAAAAAAAAAAAAAAAAAGGAAGGUCAAGCCAAGUCGGUGGGGACUGCAGGCAAGACGUUCGGGCGGACGGCAGGCGAGGAGUUCGGAUGGCAGGCAAGGAGUUCAGAGGGCAGGCAAGGAGCUUGGACGGCAGGCAAGUAACCACAGAAUUGCAUGCAGAAGGGGGGUAGGAGGGUCAAGCCAAGUCGGUGGGUUGCCGCCACGAGGCAUCCAGGUACUAGGCGGCAUGUAGGCAGAGAUAGGAGGGUUACAGGUGUGGGGAAGGGCGGGGUGCAGGGGAGGGGGGUGCACUUGCUCCAAGAGGCCAACAGAGCACAGUGAGAAGUCUCUCUGUCGUUGCAAGAGGGUGAUGACCCUAAGGACGACCUUAAGAUGAGCACUUUCUCUGGGCCACUUUUUAGCAGAGGAGGGUCCCAGAGGUGAAGAGGGAUUGCUGGGAUUAAAUAACAUUGCCACUCUUGGCAUUAAAUAACAUCGCCACUAACUAUCUGGCACAGAGAAUACUAUGGGGGGAUGCUCGUACCCCUCCCCAUAAUAGGCUUGGCCCGGUAUUGGAAUGAAAAAAGAAAACAAACAAAUAUUGCCACUCUCU